AUGUUUCCAAACGUCAAUGUACUGUCUCUAUCCGAAAAAGGAGAAGAAGAAUCGAAAAGCGACAUGGUUCAAAAAGGUAGGUUGACAAGAUAUACCGGUGUUCUAGCUGUAAAUGUUACCCCUAGGCCUGGUCCUAGCUAUAGCUCUAACUAUAACUCGAGUUCUCGGCGGAGCUCUGACUAGCGCGAGGGUGUGGGGGAAGCAUACAGGGUAACUCCUCUCCAGAAAAAUGAAAACAAAACUUGUUCACCUCUGUAGAUUGGGGCGUAAUUUACAAUUUGGUGGACCUCUCCCCGUAGCUCUUGGGUUCGGGUUAGCCCUAUCUCCAGUACUGGCCCUAAUCCUGGCUUAAAUGUUAGCUCUAGUGCUAGCCAAGCCCUAUUCUGUUCUACUGUCUACUUCCUCACCCUUCCCCAGCGCCGGGCGAGGACUUUUGGUGUGGGGGCGGGGGUCCGAAAAAUUUUUUUUUAAAAAAUCCACAGGCGGCCGCGUUCAACUUUUUUCGAAAUUUUUUUUUCUGGGGGGGGGCGGUCCUUCCCCCUCCCCUCGUCCACCCUCUGCUCCCCCCCCCCUCUCCCCCCCCAGCGCCCUGUCCUGCCCUUUCCACUUCUUUUAUCCCAAAAUACGUACUUUUUAUUUAUGAUACUUACAGCCAUGACUGCCUACGCCUAUCAACAUUACAUUAAUUUAUUCGACGAGAGAUAUGAAGGAUACAUCGUAAACCUUAUUUUAAGUUAUGCGGAAGCCUUCGAAUUAAACAAAGAUCUAUGUGAAUUUAGAAUUUAA